AUGAUUCGGGCGAACUGCAAACCGCAGGUCACUGUGCUACCGCGUCAGGAAAUGGCUCACAUGUCGAGCAUUGAGAUCGGUCGUGUUCUGCUAGAUAAGUCGGUCCGCAUUCGAAAAGGCUACGACGAUCGCGAGAAUCCAACACAUACAAGUAUGCUUACCGUUUGGUUAUACAGUGGCUGUUUCCGGGAACUGGGUCGCGAGAACACAGCAUGGACAUAUCUUCGUGAAGCCACAACGCAAGCGCAGUUGUUGUCUAUGCACGAUGAGGAAACCUACAAGCAUGAGGUUCUAGAUGCAGCACAGAAGCGG